AUGGAUCUUCUGGACAAGGAUGGUGACUGCAUACACUUCAUUAUUGAUGCCCAUGGCAAGCUGAAACAGUAUGUGAAUGGCCAACUGGAGAUCGAGGAUGUGAGGUGGCUGCAGUACAGCGCAGCUGGCGGCAUCACCGAUGCAAAGGGAGUCUUCGAACUUCAGCAAGACCAGGUUGAGAAGGCGCUUGGGCUCCAUGCCUUGGCCAUGCGUGCCGGCAUCGAAUGGCGUGGCGAACGGCCUCCGCCAGCGCAGAAACUGCUGGUCACAGACACCGAUGGAGACAGGCUGGAGUUCGUCUUGAACGACGGCAAGCUUCAGGAAUUCAACAACGGAGAGGUGGAGCUUAUGGAAGUCACGACCAUGUGCUUUAAAUUUGCUGAUGGUUCCAUCACUGAUGACACAGGAGUGUUCACCUUACCGCCCCGGGAAUGCAUGCAGAAAGCCGCCGCCCUGUACUCUUUGGCCCUCGAGGCUGGCAUCAGAUGGACCGGCGACAUCCCGCUGCAGGUCUCCGCACAGCCGCUUGGAAGCGAACCCAAGGUUCUUGACAUCGAGAACUGUGCGGGAGACAUUUUGGCAGCGCCAGGGGUUGCUGAGGCAUGUCCAUCGCCGAGGCAACUGCCGAGCAUCUGUUUCUUCUACCGGGUAUGUUGUCACGAAGUUUUGGGGCAGGGCAGGCUGGAAACCCGGAGAAGUGCACGACGUGCACCGAGGACUGGGAGUACGAGUGCCCCAAGCUUUGGGAGAGCUUGA